UGCAAUAUAACUGCUCACUAUAGUAAACUUGCAUACUUUGAAAGCAUUGGAUGCAGUUGUUAUUUUUACAGAUACUAUUUCACACUGGACAUACUGCACUUGGAUAUUCAAAGCUUGUAUUUGAAGCCGAACAGUGGAGUUUUGCCUUUCUUUCAAUUAAUUGAAUAAAAUGCGUUUUUUAAGGGAUCGGUGACUGUAACAAUAUCUUUACACUGGAGAUUAAAGUCAAUACGGACCCGCUGGCAACGCAAUUGAAGUGAAUCUGGAAUAAACUUGACAGCAGCGGAGUGCGCGCGCGUGUUUGACAUAGAGAGUGACAGUUGGAUGUGCGCGCAUGAUGAGCUCGCGGCUUCUGCUGCUGGUGCUCGCGGCGCUCGCGGCGUGCCAGUGCUCCGGUCGCUCGCAGGGGGACCCUAUUCCUUCAUCUCUGGUGGAUUUAGUGUUGAACAGCCCGAUCUCAUCUAUGGAUGACCUGAAGAGACUUCUGGACGUAGAAUUCGUAGAGGAAGAUGACGAGAAGCCCGAGAACGAGAACCACGCCAACCAAACACACCAACGUUUCUCCAGAAGCCUAAGCGUUCAGGUGGCCCAGAUGGCGAUGUGUAAAGUUAGGACAGAAGUUAUGGAAGUGACCCGUGCGAUGUUGGACAAACGGAAUACCAACUUCAAGUUAUGGCCUCCGUGUGUGGAAGUGCAACGCUGCUCUGGCUGUUGCAACUCACAUCUUCUACAAUGCGUGCCAGUUGCCCGAGACACACGGCAUUUACAGAUGACAAAAAUUCAGUUUGUCGACAAACGACCGGUCUAUGAAAAAGUUAUCAUACCCGUAGAGGACCACGUGACUUGUAGCUGUCAACCGCACCAUUCUCCAAAUGCCCCACGCAUCCAGACCACGCCCCUUCCUCCACCCCGGCUCCACCCUAAAGUAACGGCACCAAAGAGGCAAUCAAAAGAGGAGCUCCAUCGGCAUGAUGAACUCAAAAAUAAUCAAAGACUGCACUUAGAAGACAAAGAAACACAUGAACUGCAGUGGCAGUCCAAAUACACACUUUCACACACACAGGGCUACCAACAAAGCCCGUCUCAACACGCACUCACACCGGCGGGACAGGUUAAUGUAUAUAAAGGAGUAGUUCCCACUCAUCAAACCACAUUAGGAGUUCCACACAUGAUGAGCGAUGAAACGAAGACAGAGGAAGUAGAGGAACAUCGGGGAAAACCUGAUCAUCACACGCAUGUGGGCAGUGGAGAUGGCACAACGGUAAAGACGCCCACUGUGGGACAGCAUUACAACCAAAGUCACCGUGACGAACAGCCGUCGAAACCACAGCAACCACAUCAUCAAACUACACCACAGCAACAAAAACACAAUCCUACCCAUGAUUCCGUCCAAUCAGAGCACAGUGUGCCAAACAGCGGCCAAUUAGAUCCAAUUAGUCGCACCUACAGCCACGUGGAGGUGAUCGGCCAAUCCAGUGGCUUAUCUGAAGUGCUAAGUGAUCACCAAUCAGAAGUUAGAAAACACCACCGUCACCAAUCAGAAACAAGUAAUGAUCAGAAUGAGCCGCAAGAGCAGGAAAUGGACAAGCACCAAGAAGAAACGCAGCAUCAUCUUCGUCAUCAACACCACCAUCAUCAACAUCAUCAUACAACACAAGGGUUGACCCAUCAACAGACCACACAACAAACAGUGACGAAAGCCCCACGGACCACACCCUCGGCCCCCAAGACUCCACCUCCACUUCAGCCCCCGCGGAAGCGUCGACGGAAACAUCGGAGGAGGAUGAGCAAGGCCUCCAUGAGAGCUAUGAUAAUGGUAAUGUCCUGAAGAAGGCCAUGACUCUGAACCGCUGCCAAAGUCCCAGGAAAAACCACAAAGCUGCGAGUCAGGGCGGAGACGCACAGGAUAUAAUGGAGACACACUGGAAAUAUAUUUUUAUAAUAACUGGAAAUGUCUUUGAUCUUUGCCAAAUAAGCUCCUAUGAACUACAUUUCCCAUCAGCCAUUGCAGUCAUUGGAGGCCACCAGUUCUGCAGCCUCUGGACUAUGGGAGCUGGCUACACUCAGGAUAUCCUGUGAGCACGGACUUAAAAGGGAUUCCAUAAGGACAAAAAACUGCCUGCUAAAUAGUGCGACCGUAUUUAAAACACAACAAAAUUGAGGUCUGCCAAAUACACAUCUUUCAGCAUACUACGGCCAAAUGCUGUGCAAUAUUGACUUGAACUAACGGUCGGCCCUUGUUCAUUUUAAACUGCUGGGCCAGGUUGGAAAAAAGACUGUGGACUGCUCGAGGAACUACUGGAAUAGCAACUAGAAGUUGCGAAUGAGAAGUUAAAACUGGAAUGUGUAAAAGGACUUUGAAUUUGGACUCUCGAAGAGCAAAGCAACAGGAGAUAUGAAGCUCAGGACUUAAGAGUUCCGAGUAUAAAAUGCAAAACGUAACUAUAAAUGCAUCGCUAAUGGUAUAAUCUGUACAUUUGCAACUACUUAAACACUCCAAGAUUAUUAGAUACCAAGAUAUCUGCUGGCUCGAUAUGAAACUUGGAUAAAAGCACUUAAUAGUACCAUGGUAUUCCAAUGCAGUUUUUAGACACAUCACCAUGGUACCCUGGAGUAAAAUGUAUAUACCAUGGUACAUGAGUAUGGUUAUUCAUCUGAUACCAUUGGUAUACCGUGAUACCGUCACAGAACUUUGUUGUAAGGGACAUUUAUAAGUAUCUUGCACAGUAUCUAUGUGGUGCAAACACUGGAAUAUCGUACACUGGAUGUUAUCAAACUGUUUUCAUGUUGGUAGAUCGAUAUAACCUCGUUGUGCAUGGUCAAAUAUGAUCGCAAUCAAGAUUAAAAUGAAUGAAAUGAUACUAUCCUAUAGGGGGCAGUAUGGAGUGCUCUGUAACUGACAUUAUAUGCCUACUGUUCCCAUAGACAUACAUAGACGCCGCAGUUUAUCGGGCAGUCUUGCCCUUCCCAAUAUGGCCGCACCGUUGACCCAUUGCACCAAAAGCGCUCAAUGUGCCGUCUAUGUAUGUCUAGGGCUGUUCCCUCUCUGUGCGUUCAGCUGCUUUUGAAAACUUGUAAAGCUAUAAAAUAACUGUUGUAAAUGCUGAAUUUCUUUUCUGGCUCGUAACUUAUUUAUGAAAGGGUAGAUGCUCUAGCCAUCGGCUUUCAAGAGUAAUGAAUUAAUUAUUUGUUGGAAUGAGAAUUAUUGUUAAUGUUAUAAUGCUAUUUUAAUAUAAAUAUAAAAGUGUUAAAUGUA